UGAGUGCGAGCGCAAGGAGAGCUUACUCGCAUACACAUACACGCGCGCGCACGCGCACACACAGACUCACGGACCCAGUGAGAGAGAGAGAGAGAGAGAGAGAGUGAGUGUGUGUGUGUGUGUGUGUGUGUGUGAGUGAGAGAGAGAAUGGGGCGCGAGACGCGAUCGGAUUAACGGACCCUGAGAGAACCCUGUCACCUGGAAAAGUGUUAUAAACUUUUUAUUCCAACUCCGCGAGCGGGACAUGGAUACGCUCGUGCUGGGCUUGCUACUUGUGCACGCGACCGUGGGAGCCGCCGGGAGCGAGUACGGAACCGUGCAAAUGGGACACGCCGAAAAAGGUGGUUGCUCGUUCGAUGACGGACCCGCGCAGUGUGAUUACCAACAGGAUCCAUACGAUGAUUUUGAUUGGACGCAUGUCAGUGCUCAGGAAGUUCCUUACCUGUCCCCUGAACUGCCUCAAGGGUCGUAUAUGAUGGUGGACUCUUCCCAGCAUGACCCGGGUGAGAGAGCUCGUCUUCAGCUCCCAGUGAUGAAGGAGAACGACACACACUGCAUAGACUUUAACUACCUGCUGUAUGGCACCGACGGUUCCAGUCCUGGGACGCUGAAUGUACUGGUCAAGGUGAAUAAGGGUCCGGUGGCCAACCCCAUCUGGAACAUCAGCACACACACCGGCAACACCUGGAGGAAGGCGGAGCUCGCCGUCAGCACCUUCUGGCCCAACGAGUACCAGGUAAUCUUUGAGGCUGAGGUAGCUACUGGAAGACGAGGUUUCAUAGCGAUUGAUGACGUCCAGGUGUUGAGUUACCCGUGCGAUAAAUCGCCUCAUUUCCUGCGGCUGGGGGAUGUGGAGGUGAACGCAGGACAGAACGCUACGUUUCAGUGCAUCGCCACCGUGAGGGACGCCGUCAAUAACAAACUCUGGCUCCAGAGGCGUAAUGGAGAGGACAUUCCCGUGGUAGAGAAGAAGACCAUUAAUCACAGGAAGUUUGCCGCGUCGUUCUGGCUCAGCGAGGUGACCAGUCAGGAUCAGGACCUGUACCGCUGCGUCACCCAAUCAGAGCGCGGCUCUGGGGUCAGCAACUUCGCCGGCCUCAUCGUCAGAGAGCCCCCGAGGCCCAUAGCUCCGCCCCAGCUGCUGGGCGUCGGCCCGACGUACCUGCUGAUCCAGCUGAACGCUAACUCCAUCUUCGGCGACGGUCCGAUCAUCCUGAAGGAGGUGGAGUACCGUAUGACGUCGGGGUCCUGGACCGAGACGCAUGCCGUCAACUCACCCCAUUACAAACUGUGGCACCUCGACCCCGACACCGAGUACGAGAUCCGCGUGCUGCUGACACGCCCCGGAGAGGGCGGGACCGGAAAACCUGGCCCCGCCCUCAUCACUCGCACCAAGUGUGCAGAGCCCAUGCGCACUCCGAAGUCUCUGAAGAUUGCAGACACUGGCUCUCGCUCCAUCUCUGUGGACUGGGAGUCUCUGGGCUACAACAUCACACGCUGCCACACCUUCAACGUCACCAUUUGCUUCCACUAUGUCACCCGGGGCAACCGUAGCCAUGGCGAUCGCGGGCAGCAAGGCGACCGAAACCACGGUGACUGCCUGGAGAUGGACCCGAAAGCACCACGCCACGUGGUACCUGACCUGCCACCUAACACCAACAUCAGCCUGAAAAUGAUCCUCACAAACCCUGAAGGACGCAAAGAGAGUGAGGAGACCAUCGUCCAGACACAGGAGGACGUACCUGGACCUGUUCCCAGUGCCUCUCUGAAAGCCACUCCGUUUGAGGAUCGAAUCUUACUGCAAUGGAAGGAGCCACUUGAGCCCAACGGAGUCAUUACACAGUAUGAGAUCAGCUACAGCAGUGUGUCCUCAUUUGACCCGUCGGUGCCGUUGCUCCGCCCCCCUCUGAUGGUGUCAUUACCAUUUAAUGCAUCCAGUCACGUGUUCUCGCAGCUCCACCCAGGAACCACGUACCACUUCACCAUCCGAGCACGGACCAGCAAGGGCUUCGGUCCAGCCACCACCAUCAACAUCACCACCAACAUCUCUGCUCCGAUUCUGGAGGAAUACGAUGGCACCGAAGCUUUCCUCAACGACACGGCCACCACCAUCACCGUGCUGCUCAAACCUGCACAGGCGAAAGGAGCUCCCAUCAGUUCCUACCAGAUCGUGGUGGAGGAGCUGAACCCUCACCGCUCACGCCGAGACGCCGGAAGCCUCGAGUGUUUCCAGGUUCCUGUGUCCUACCAGACGGCCUCCAGCUCCGGGUCUCCGUACUACUUUGCGGCGGAGCUUCCUCCUGGAAAUCUUCCGGAACCUUCUCCCUUCACGGUGGGAGACAACAAGACGUACCGCGGCUACUGGAACGCUCCGCUCGCUCCGCGCAAGAACUACAACAUCUACUUCCAGGCUGUGAGCAGUGUGGAGAAGGAAACGAAGACGCAGUGCCUGAGAUUGGCAACUAAAGGAGCUACGGAGGAACCAGAAGUGAUUCCUGAUCCGGCAAAGCAGACGGACCGCGUGGUGAAGAUCGCCGGGAUCAGUGCCGCCGUACUCGUCUUCAUCCUGCUGCUGCUGGUAGCCAUUCUACUGGUGAAGAAAAGGAGGACCUACUAUUCUUACUCAUAUUACCUGAAGCUGGCUAAGAAGCGCAAGGACGCGGCGGGAAACGCGAGGCAGGAGAUGACGCACAUGGUGAACGCCAUGGACCGGAGUUACGCCGAGCAGAACACGCUGCACACCGAGGAACCCGUCACCGUCACCUUCAUGGACUCCCACAGCUUCAACAACCGAUUGCCCAACGAUCCGCUUGUGCCCACAGCUGUGCUCGAUGAGAACCAUGCAGCAGCAGAAAACAGCAGGUUGUUGGAUGUUCCUCGAUUCCACUGUGAAGGAACCGAAUCUCCGUAUCAGACAGGACAACUGCACCCAGCAAUCAGAGUGGCAGACUUACUGCAGCACAUAAACCUGAUGAAGACAUCGGACAGUUACGGCUUUAAGGAGGAGUAUGAGAGUUUCUUUGAGGGUCAGUCGGCUUCGUGGGAUGUGGCCAAGAAAGAGCAGAACCGGACCAAAAAUCGCUAUGGCAACAUCAUCGCAUACGAUCAUUCUCGAGUGAUCCUGCAGCCGGUGGAAGAUGACCCCUCGUCCGACUACAUCAACGCCAACUACAUAGACGGCUACCAGCGGCCGAGUCACUACAUCGCGACGCAAGGUCCUGUCCACGAGACGGUGUACGAUUUCUGGAGGAUGAUCUGGCAGGAGCAGUCGGCGUGUAUCGUCAUGGUAACCAACCUGGUGGAGGUGGGACGGGUGAAGUGUUAUAAGUACUGGCCCGACGACGCAGAGGUGUACGGAGACUUUAAGGUGACGUUUGUGGAGGUGGAGCCGCUGGCCGAGUACGUAGUGCGCACCUUCACUCUGGAGCGGAGGGGUUUUAAUGAAGUGCGUGAGGUCAAGCAGUUCCACUUCACCGGCUGGCCAGAUCACGGAGUUCCGUAUCACGCUACAGGACUGCUGUCCUUCAUCCGCCGCGUCAAAAUGUCCAACCCUCCAACUGCAGGACCCAUCGUAGUGCACUGCAGUGCGGGGGCGGGGCGUACAGGAUGCUACAUUGUGAUUGACAUCAUGCUGGACAUGGCGGAGCGCGAGGGCGUAGUGGACAUUUACAACUGUGUUAAAGCGCUCCGCUCUCGACGCAUCAACAUGGUGCAGACUGAGGAGCAGUACAUCUUCAUCCAUGACGCCAUCUUGGAGGCGUGUCUGUGUGGCGACACUGCAAUCCCAGUGUGUGAGUUUAAAGCUGCGUAUUACGACAUGAUCCGCAUCGACUCACAGAGUAACUCCUCCCACCUCAAAGACGAGUUCCAGACGCUGAACUCAGUGACCCCUCAGCCCCAGCCUGAGGACUGCAGCAUCGCUCUCCUGCCCCGGAACCACGAGAAGAACCGCUUCAUGUCCAACCUCCCACCUGACCGCUGUCUGCCCUUCCUCAUCACCAUCGACGGAGAGAGCAGCAACUACAUCAACGCUGCACUCAUGGAUAGCUACAGGCAGCCAGCAGCUUUCAUUGUCACUCAGCACCCUCUGCCCAACACGGUGAAGGAUUUCUGGAGGUUGGUGUAUGAUUACGGCUGCACCUCCAUCGUCAUGCUGAACGAGAUCGACCUGGCGCAGGGCUGUCCUCAGUACUGGCCUGAAGAGGGGAUGCUCCGUUAUGGCCCCGUGCAGGUGGAGAGAGUGUCCUGCUCCAUGGACUGUGACGUGAUCAGCCGUCUCUUCAGGAUAUGUAACCUGACCAGACCACAGGAGGGCUACCUUAUGGUCCGUCAUUUCCAGUACCUGGGGUGGGCGGGGCUUAGAGAAGUCCCUGCCUCCAAGCGCUCGUUCUUGAAGUUGAUCCUGCAGGUGGACAAAUGGCAGGAGGAGUGUGAGGAGGGAGAGGGACGCACAGUCGUACACUGUCUGAAUGGUGGCGGUCGCAGUGGUGUUUUCUCAGCGAUCACCAUCGUGUGUGAGAUGAUUAAGAGGCAGAAUGUCGUGGAUGUGUUUCAUGCUGUAAAGAGUCUGAGGAACAGCAAACCCAACAUGGUGGACACACCGGAGCAGUACCGCUUCUGCUAUGACGUGGCGCUGGAGUACAUCGAAAACUCAUAAUGGAGAUGUGAAGAAGGAGCCAUCCCUCCAUCCCUCCAUCUGACCUUCUCUCACCCCUUCUUCUCAUCAUAUAAACGUCAGACGGUCUGCGGACGGAAACCACGCGGAAACAUUAAACGUGGUACAUGCUGAUUAGCAAACAGUGUUCGCUAGCUAGCUUCCUAGCUAAAAAGAAAAGAAAAGCGCGGAACGUGACGGAACCAUUCACAUUUUUUUUUUUUUUUGUAAAUGUACCUUUAUUUUGUAAACACGAAAGCCGACCUGUUGCAUGCCAGACAUUUUUGUUUUUGUUCUCUCUCUCUGUCGUCACUGUUCCUGUCGAUGAACCAUGUAUAUGAUUAUAUCUGAUGUACACGUAUAUGAUAUCCAUCGUUGUGUAAAAAAGAAAAAAAGAACAGAAAAAAGGGUAAAAUGUUAAAUGCAGCGUGUGACACUGGCUUUGUAUUGUGCACUAAUGGCUGGCUUAUGGUUUAUUAUCGUCUUUAUUUUCUAUUGGUUUCAGUUUUUGUAGCAGAAUUAUAAUCGUAAGCCAAAGACGAGUGUAAAUAUGUCUAUAAAGCACAUUGUUUGUAUUUAUUUUUUUCCCCCUCUCGAAGGCUCAAAACAAUCAUGGUCAUUCCUGCCCGUUUACCCUGGAAACAUUUUGUUGUGAAUUUUUGUUGUUUAUUAUUUCAGUAGUGUUAAAAACGUAGACCGUAGGCAUGUGACGAUAAAUCUGCUGAACGCUGUGCUGUUUACCUCCCUUUACAUACCCCAGGGGCGUCCAGUCUUAUCCUGAAAGGGUCAGUGUGGGUGCAGCUACACCUGAGUCUACUGAAAGCCAAGGGCAGUUGAUUAAACAGGGCUCAGGUGUAGCUCCUGCUUGGUUGGACUGAGAACCUUCACCCACACUGACCCUUUCUGGAUAAGACUGGACAGCCCUGAUAUACACACGAUAAUAUCUCACACUUCUAUUUCAUUGUUUGGAUUUAAAUCAAGUAAGUUCAUUUAAUUUAAUUGAAUCAAUUUAAAAAAAAAAAAAAAUUCAGAAGAUUCAAACUUUACAUUUAAAAACUGAGCAUGGCCAAAAAUAUCAACAAAAAAAAUCUUUUUUCUAAGCACCGAGUUUUAGAAUCAUGCUAAAGUUUUAAAAUCCAAUUUAUUUUCUAAAAUUUAAAACAAAUCUUUUUUUCUUUUUUUUUUUUUUUUUAGAUGUAUGACUGAUUAUUUUGCUGGAAUAUUGAGUUUGAUUUGUAUAAAAGCUUUUUAGAAUUUUAAUUUUAAACCUAAACGUAUAAUCUGCGUAAAGAAUUUAAAAAUAUUAUAUUGAGAAUUAAAAAAAUUCCUAGACAACAACAUUACAAAGGUCAUGAUAAAAUAAAAACAACAAAUAUUCACACGGAAUUUUCUUCUGCUGGUGAAAUUUAAAUAAUAAAAAUAAUAAUAAUAAAAGCAUCAUGGUAGUCAGGAAUGUUCCCAUAAUUCCCUGUGGUUUUAGUGAUCAUGCAGAACAUGCGUUUAUCCUCACAUGCCUUGUGUUAGUUUAUUUUGUAAAAAAUAAAAUAAAAUAAAUAAUUGUAAUUUGUUUUGUUACUUUUUGGAAUUUUUACCUGCAUUUUGCGUGUACAUGAUCGUGAUCUGUAUCUGUCACUAAAGUGAUAUCGAGGAGAAAAUCUGACAGAGAGAAGAAGAAGAAGAACUUUUAUUAUUACAGACUUUUACGGAGAACUGGAGCGCACGAGUAACGUACGCCAAAAUAUCAGUGUUUAACUCCAGAGUGUGUAACGGAAGGAAAUCACAGCCACAUGCGGCCAUGUUGGACUUUUACAUGGCAGGUGAAAAGGGAGGAAGAAAAAAAAAGAAA